CCCCACACAGCGCCAUGGCGUGGAUACUCGACUUGUUUUUUUUCUACUUGGUGGUCUGCGCUGUCGACGUUUUGAAUGUUUCCUCGAUUCAAAAGAUCCCAAUUUUUGGAUAGAAGUGUGGAUGAUUCAAGUAGUCGUGGGGUACUUCAUUCUUCGCGUGUGGAAGUGGGGCCACUCGAACCUCGCUUGGCCACCGGCCAAAUCCCGUGGGGAGGCCUCCACAGAGCCGUGGGCGGCUGAAGGCUUCAGCGGCAUGGAGCUUCGGUGGCGCCCGGGGGUGGAGGCGUGGGUUUGCCUCUAUGAGGUAUGUGGGGCCUCAUGUUUUGGUGGCCGGCAGGAGGCGGUGUUCGGGGCUUGGUUCGGGCCAUGUGGCUGCAUGCUGUGGGACUACAGCAGCCCUUUCCCGGUGCAGCGGCUCCUUGCUACGGUGGCGCUGGGAGAAGGUGCCCGAGGGCUGGAAGGUCUGGGCCGAGGCUGACACCGGGGAGACAAUGGUGCUAACGCGAAACUUGAAGAACAGCUUGCCCCAGUUUCAGUUGAGGGGCUCAUGCCAUUUGGCCGUCUCCUGGAUCUCUUGGGCUGAGGAGGUCGUGAAUUUGAAGAGAAAGACAGCAGAGCUCCAGCAGCAGUGCAGCCAUCUCGCGCAACAACUCAGCGACAUCAGCCGCCAGCGACAUCAGCCGCCAGAAGGAUCGGGAGAGGCAGGAUUUGCAGCGGCAGCUUGACCAAUCCAGGCAUGGCCUUACAGUGCUUGCCAAGGACAAGGCGCAGGGCACGCGGCAAAGGAAUGCCUUGCAGCAGGACAAGCAGGAUUUGCAGCAGCAGCUGGAGCAAUCCAGACACGACUUUGCUGUGCUUGCACAGCGUCAGUUGAAACAAUCAAGGCAUGAUCUCGAGCUGCUUGCCCGGGAGAAGUUGCAGGAGGCAAAGCAUAAGCAGGCCCUUCAGCGGGAGAAGGUGCUGCUGCAGCAGCUAAGCAAUCCAACUUUACCCAGGAUCCCCCCUCCGAGCCGCCUCAGCACCAAGAGGCGUUCAGCGCUGCACAUGGGCCUCAAUCAGAUGAUGAAAUACCAGGCCAGCGGGCGUGUUCACCACUUCUCGGUCCAGCUUCGAUAGCUUCCAGCAUUGCAUCUUGGACUUGCAUACUGGAAAGCGAGGCGGAGGAGCGAUCGACCAGCGACGCGAGCAGCCGCUCCGCCAAGUGUUUCCUACCCAACACGGCUUUGCCGGGCGCAGAUGGUCACUUGCUUCGAGUGGAGAGGCUCAAGGCUGGAGACCAUGUGCGCCUGGCAGAUGGCACGGAUGCUGCAGUAGUGGAGGUGAAGGAGCACUGCUCCGGCAAGAAGCCCUAUGAAUUGGUCGAGCUCAGCACGCACCAGGGGCCUUUCACCGUGUCCAACUCUCAUCGCGUUGCAGUUCCUGUUGCAGGCGCAGAUUUGCUGAAGGCGGGGGAUCUGGUCAUUGUUGGCAAGGAGCGGAAGCUGACCAAGGUCGCCAGCCGCAAGGAGCGCACGAAUCUGUACGAGGUGAUUUUCGAGGCAGACGCUCCGCUUGAGAUGUUUCAAGUGCAAAGCUGGGGGAUGCUGACGUAUGGGUCAGUGGCACGGGACAUGAUUUGUACAGUUGCAGGGAGUAUGGACGGGGCAUUGGAUUAGAAUCUGUGU